CUGUUUUACAGAUAAGGAAACUAAGCUCAAAGAGGUUAAGUAACUAGCCCAAGGUCAUUGCAGCAGGUAAAUGCCAGAGCUGAGACUCAAACCCAGACCCAGCUGGGCGAACCGUGGGUACCACCGUUCCCCUCCAGACAGGAGGAGUGGGCCCUGCCAUACGGAACGCUGAACGAGGACCUGGCCCCUGGCCCAUGGAGAUCCUCGGCCCUGUUGGCCCCUUCUCUCCAUCGCCAACCUUUGUCUUUCAGGACAUCAUCCCCUUUGGCAACAACCCCAUCUUCCGCUACCUCUUUGGUUGGAUGGUGCCUCCCAAGAUCUCCCUCCUGAAGCUGACCCAGGGCGAGACCCUGCGCAAGCUGUACGAGCAGCACCACGUGGUGCAGGACAUGCUGGUGCCCAUGAAGUGCCUGUCGCAGGCAGUGCACACCUUCCACAACGACAUCCAUGUCUACCCCAUCUGGCUGUGCCCGUUCAUCCUGCCCAGCCAGCCGGGCCUGGUGCACCCCAAGGGAGAUGAGGCCGAGCUCUAUGUUGACAUUGGAGCAUAUGGGGAGCCACGCGUGAAGCACUUUGAAGCUAGGUCGUGCAUGCGGCAGUUGGAGAAGUUCGUCCGAAGCGUGCAUGGGUUCCAGAUGCUGUAUGCCGACUGCUACAUGAGCCGGGAGGAGUUCUGGGAGAUGUUCGACGGCUCCCUGUACCACAGGCUGCGGGAGCGGCUCGGUUGCCAGGACGCCUUCCCUGAGGUGUACGACAAGAUCUGCAAGGCCGCCAGGCACUGAGCGUGGGCCCGCCCGGAAAGAGACAGACAUGUGGGUGGGCCCUGUCCCCAGGUCCAGGAGGCAUCUUCUCUUCACUCAAGCUUGACUGCUCUCCCAGAUCCACGCUUCCAGAAAGAACCCCCUCCAGAAAUCCCACGCAGACUGCCCCGAUGGCUAGCUCUGGCUCCCAGAGGCAGCCGAGUGGAGGGCAAAGGAUGUGGGCUCUGGAGUCAGACGUACCUGAGUCCCGUUCCCAGUUCAGCCCCUCGUGAGCUGUGUGACUCUGGGCGAGUCACUCAGCCCUUCCGGACCCAGCUGUCCACCUGGUGAAGGGGGUCACAGUGCCUGCCCGCAGGCCAUGGGCAUCGGGGUCCGGUGGCGGUCUGGCGGCAGGUGCUGAGGGCCGUAGCUGGGCUGACUCUGGCUUCCCGCUCAGCGCCGAGUCCAGGAAGGCCCCGCGUGAGGUCACCUGGGCGCAGUUCUGGCUGGAAGGGUGAGGGGAUGUUCCAGCGUCGCACCCGCCAUUGCUUCAGUCGGCCAGACGCACCCCUCACAGACAGACGGAAGGAAGGUUCCUCUCCCUCCCCAGGGUCUCCGGAGGGCAACAGAUGGGGCAGGCAGGCCCAGGACGCGCUGUGCCAAAGCCAGGUCCCAGUCCAAAGUUCCCUGUGCCAUCCUUGGUGACGCCCUGCCCCUUCCUCCUUCCGGCCCACCGCAGCCAUCACCCACGUCUCAGAGAGGACCGUGUCCUCGAAGACACUUCAUGGCUGCCUCCUGUCCCAGCCCAGGCGGUGUGGCUCCCGCUCUGACCUAGGGCCGGAGCACCUGCGCCCAUCCUUGGCUCCCCGACCCUCCGUGCCUCUUUUGGGCCCCAGAGCCUACCUAGUCACGGGGGGCGGGGGCUGCAUCUACACUGCUCUGCGGCCUGGGGUGGGGGGUGGGGGGGUGGACCCCACCAAGCAGGAAGAUGGAGGUUCAGUGUGGAGUCUCGCUGUGGGGCCCCAAGGAAAGACCAUCAGCUUGAUUUCUCCAACCACUCCUCCCUUCGUUCGCCCCCACCCAUAGCUGUAGUUAAUUUCAGUGCCUUACAAAUCCUAAGCUCAGAGAAAAUUAGCCCCGUUUCCCUUCCAGAAGGAAAGGAGCCUCCCUAGGUCCUUCCUGACUUGUUAAAAGCCUGGUUGGUUAUGCAACUCCAUCUGAAGAACGGCCCGUCCCCAGCUGAGGACCCAGCCUCUGAGAAGGAAGCGUGUCGUGUAGGGAGCUGGGAUGGAGUGAACCGUGCCAGGCAGUGACCUGCUGAAAGCAAGAGCGAGCACUGCACUAGGAGACAGGAGCUGGCUGUCAGGCCCUGCUGGCUUAUCAGCAAGCCGUGUGACCAUGGGCGAGUCAUCUGGCCCUGGAGCUGCGGCCCCUCACCUCCCCAGGCCUUUCCGCUGUGGGAGCGCAUGACUGUCCCAGACCAUGUGCUUGCAGUGCCGCUCAAGGCCAGACCAAACCUAAACCCUCCACGUGGGCGCUGUAAGGUCCUUCCUUCAGACCAAGGCCAGCUCUCCUGUCACUCAGAGAAGCGCACCUGUGGCACGCAGGGAAGGGUCUGCGUCUUGUCACUGCAGGUUGCCAGAAGCCCGAUGGAGCCAGGCUUUCCCCGGGGGGAUGCUCAGCUAUCCCCCUGCAGCCUCAGCACACUGCCAGGUGUCCUCGCAUGGUCCCGUGAGUGCUGGGCGCGUUUGUGACCCUCAGGAGGCAAAGGCACCCCCUCCCCCUGCCCUUACCCAUUUGGCCUCUGGAGGGGGCAUGAGAAAACUAAGAAACCUCAUUCUCCAGCUUGUCUGCAGAGCACAUGAAUUCUGGCCUUCGCCCUCCUGGUGGGCGCCUGCGUUUCCCGCGCGAUGCUAAACUGAUGAUCCUACUUCUUGUGGAGGAAUGGUUAGCCCGAGCAGAGGGGCCCGGCCAAGAAGGCCCUGGCGUCCCACCAGAGGGGCCUCCAUCCUUAAGCCGCCGGGAGGGUAGCCAGAGAUGCUAUAGCAGCCUCUACCGCCCUUAGUCCUAGAAAAACCAAAAUCCUGCCCUUCGCAGACCUCACCCGGAAACGGGGGCUCGGAAGGGAGGGUCUCGGGAUCACAGCAGCCUCAGGUUUACGUUUUGCUCCCAUCAUAUGGUGACUUGCAAGCAUGGCAGGCCGCGUGACCAGCUUUUUCCCCUUAGCCAGCCCCAUCCCUGUCCAUCCAUGUGGUGGUUUCAGGGGGAGUGAAACUUGGCACUGGGGUGAGUGUGUGUGCAAAGUAAACAAUAGGCCUUUCCCCUCCAGAGCCCCGAGUUUCUUGGCUGCACGAAGGUUUUCUGUAGAAUCCGAGUUGCAGCCAGUUUCUUUGGCUGGAAGGUUGCAUCAUUUCAUUAGCUGUUACAGAAGGGGAAGGGGUGGGGGAUGCGUGCAGCAGUGCAUGGUGUGUGGUUUUUAUUUUUCCCAUGACCGCGGGGACCAAGGAGAAAGGCCCGAGUGUCCCCGAGCAGGCUCUUGCAGCCGCAAGAGCUGUGCUUGCUGUCGGACACACUUCAUGUCCCCGUGGCUGCGUGGCCGCUGCUUCUAUACAAAUAAAAGCGUGACCUGGAGACUA